GUGUAUAUUCGAAUGUUUUCAUUGUAGCCGCUGCGCGUUGAGGGCGCCAGUGUGCACUUGUUUAGCGUCUCGUUAUGCGACGUUGCCAACUGUAUUGACUUAAAGUACGAAGGAACGAAGACAAAACGUACGCGCGUGGAUUGUAUGUAGAACUUAAAGCCGGCAGCUUUUUGAUUAAAGAUCACUCUAGAUUUUGCUAAAUACUGCUGCUUGACUUGGCAAAUUGACUAAUAUUUCAUGUGAUACUAAUGGCAAUAUUGCGUUUUUGUGAUAAUCAAGAUUUUCUGUUAAAAGUGAGAGUGAGUUCACUAAAAACAUAAGACCCUUUCGGAAACGAAUUUGUGUGAAAUUAAAGUACAAGGAUUUUCAAAUUAAGAAAGGGACAUGGUUGGUAUAAUAUCGAGAACACAACUAUCAUUUUGAAGCCGCAAGGAAGGAUAAAGGAACUGGUCAACCUAAAGCGGCAAUUGUAAAAUGGGGGAUCGGGGCGCGACGGGGGGCGCUUGGGGUGCGCGCGACGAGGCCUCAUGGUGGCCUGGAAGCACAGGAGAUCUACAGCAGCAGCAACAGCAACAACAACAACUAAAUGAGGAAAUUGCACGAAGCACAGCCGCUGCUACACAUCAGUUAUAUACAUAUAAAAUGACUGGUGGUUUUUCAAAUAAUGCCGGUGAUAACUCUACAUCGAGUUAUGAUUACCGCUUGGUAUCUGGCUCUAAUAAUAGAGAAGAAUCUCCUCAACAGUCGUGGUGGUAUGCAUCAGGAUCAGUUGACGCUCACCAACAAGCUUCUUCUCCGACGUCUCAGAAUCAGUCAAGUCCGGAUCCGGAGCAAGGCACACAACAGGCAAAUGGUAUUCAGAACCAUCAGUCCUUGCAAUCGCAGGAGCAGAAUCAGGCCUUACAACAGCAGGGCCAGAUACAGCAACUCAUCCAACUGAACUUGAGGAAGGAGUUGCAGCAAGCGCAGACUUUGCAGCAAACCUUGCAACAGCAGCAGCAGCAGAAUCAACAACAGACGCUGCAGCAGAUGCUGCAACAACAACAACAACAACAACAACAGCAACAACAACAACAACAGCAGCAGCAGCAGCAACAACAGCAGCAGCAGCAGCAACAGCUGCAGCAGAGCUUACAACAAACAUUGAGCCAAGCUCAAGCGCAGGCUCUAGUACAAGCGCAAGCGGUGUUGCAGCAACAAGUUGCUCAGUCAUUGCAGCAACAGCAGCAAACACUGCAGGAUCACUUGCAGGCUGUACAGCAACAACAAAUACAGGCUGCUUUGCAGCAACAAUCUGCAACAUUACAAGAGUUGCAGCAGCAAGCGCAACAGCAGCAGCAGGCGUUAAUAGCGCAGUCGGCCAACAAGACAGCAGCGAAGAUGCCGCGCGCACGCGCGUACAACAAGCCGCGCGGGCGCAUGACCGCGUACGCUUUCUUCGUGCAGACGUGUCGCGAGGAACAUAAGAAGAAACACCCCGAUGAGAAUGUCGUGUUCGCGGCGUUUUCGAAGAAGUGUGCUGAGCGGUGGAAUACGAUGUCAGAAAAGGAGAAGCAGAGGUUCCACGAGAUGGCAGAGCAGGACAAAAAGCGGUACGACCUGGAGAUGCAGAACUACGUGCCGCCCAAGGACGUGAAGAUCGGCCGCGGCCGCCGCCGCCAGCAGUACAAGGACCCCAACGCGCCCAAGCGAUCGCUAUCGGCGUUCUUCUGGUUCUGUAACGACGAGCGCUCUAAGGUGAAGGCAAACAACCCCGAGUACUCCAUGGGCGACAUCGCCAAGGAGCUCGGUCGCCGCUGGGCUGCCGCCGAGCCCGAGACCAAGUCCAAGUACGAAGCCCUGUCUGAGCAGGACAAGGCAAGAUAUGACAGGGAGAUGACGGCGUACAAAAAGGGCCCUCUAGGACUCGUCCAGCAGCCCACGCAGGAGGUGGAAGAGAUCGGGGAUUUCGAGGCCGACGAGGAGUACAAGUGAGGCGUUAGUGACCUGUAGUUGUACCGAACUGUUCCUUUGUAUGGUACUGUCGGCCGGCCGCUCGCAGCGCAGAACUUUACAACAGUCUGACCAAAAUAUGUAGAAAUUAAAUAGUAGUAACAUUAUAGUGUCAUCCCUUUUAAAUCAAUAUGUGAGAAAACGGGACGACACUACGAUGUUCUAACUUUUUAACUUCUACUCUUUUUGGUCGUCCUAAUUUUCAUCGACACAUAUUCUGUUUGAUUAGUUACAUAUGUGGUCCUUCACUUUUGAUAUUUACAUAUUGGGUCAUAUCAGUUCAUUGAGACAUUCUAUUCGAUUAGUUACAUAUAAUUAUUGAUUCCUUGAUUUUUAAUAUUCGGGAUGUUGUUUUCGUUAAUGGAUAGUACGUCUAAUAAAUGUUGUUUGUGUUCUUGUCAGAUAUACAUAAUUAUGACAUUUAUGGACAUUUUUCGAGCAGAAAUACGUCUUUAUUGUAGAUUAAGUGUAUGGAACCUUUAGGCAUGGAACUCACAUAAUAUAGAAUGAAGAUUACCUCUUAGAAUGAAGAUUUAAAAAAUCCGAACAUUUUCGUUUUGGUUUAAAAGUUUCCUUUAAAUGAAACAGGUGUUAUGCCAAACAGGGUAAGGUGCCAGUUACUCGCCACCUCUCAAUAACUGGCCCACGCCCUAUGAUGAGAUGUAUUCAGUUCAUACAUACUUAGUUCAUUUUUAGUACAAGAUUGCCAGUUAUUGGAAGGAACCAGUUACUGGAAAUUUACCAACAACAUAUUUAUGUUACAAUAAUUUCAUAGUACUUUUACUAUCUAACAGUUAUAGUACUCGUCCAUCCCCUCAUAUUACCCAUUUAGUAAAUAUAAUAAUAAUUGUAAGUUCUGUGUUGCGACAGAGCCUUGUUUUGAUUUUGGCAGAAUACUCGUGUGGUACCUGUACUGGUUGCAGGAUGAAGGUAUUAAUGCACCAUUAGGCUAAUAAUAAAUGGCUAUGCGUCCAGGUUAGCCAAGUGUAUAAUCGGAGCAAAAAUUGAUAAAGCGUACAAUGUAUAGCAGAGGAUAGCUACAUCCUCCAAGAUAUGUCAAAAUUGUACACAUUUGGCCAUUGGCCAUUGUACUUAAACAUUUUGGCCAUUUUCUAACUUAGCAGUCACGAAGAGAAACUUUUAGUGGAUCAAAACAACUUCCAACAGUUAAUCAAGAAUUAUCUGAGAAGACCCAGUUUUGGUUGCAAUUUAUUGUAUUACAAAUACACUGAUGUCUGAUACGCGUACCUAAUACAACAGUGCAACGUUUGAACAUAUUCUUUUAUAUCUACUUCUACUUAUUUCAUUCACGGAAUGUACGCAAUUUUUGCUCCGAUUAUAUACUUGGAAGAUAUCAAAUGUAGUGUGAAUUUUAAAUGGAUCUAUGUGAUAUGGCAGCAUAUUAUAUGAUAGGUAUAUUUACAUACGUUUUCCUACAAGGGUUACUCUCCCUUUUGUUCUGAGUCACUUCCUUGGACAUAGAAAACGACAGGGUCAACUUUUGUAUAAGUCACCAACAGUCUAUAGUGCUUUUCGCUAAGUGUACCAACCACCUUAGUUAUGUGGUAGACAGAAUCUGGUAAAUAAUAUUAGGCGAAGUAACCGAAAAUGCCAACAUUUACAGCCAAUUACCAGGUCAAGGAAUUGAGUCGACAGAAGGCCCUAGGAACUAUAACAAACCUGGAUGUAUCUAGUUAAUACGAAUCUAUGGUUUUAUACUUCAAAGGUUGAUACAGUUUGCCUUGAAACUUUUAUACAUCAUUCGAAUAUUUUUAUACAAUCACUUGUCACUUGUGGUCAUGGUCAUAACAUUGGUUACCAAGUUUCUUUAAAGAAUUUCACAAUUUGGGUAUACGGGUGAAAGACCCGUGGCCCAUUUCUCGAAGCUACAAGUUACAAGUGGUAAUCACUGUCUAAUAUGAUAAGUUGAAAAGAGACUUCCGCUUGUAACUUGUGACUUUCUUUAACUUUCAGCUCUGAGAAAUGGGCCGCCGGUAGAGUAAAGACCAUACUAUAUUGCCACUUAUGAAUAAAAAAAGUUAGUAAUCUUGCUAUUUUAAAUAAAUAGCUGUUUAAUCGCGUUGUGUUAAUGAUCAUGGCCACAUUUUAGAUAAAGUCAUUGUUGUGUAGAGAAUACAAAUAAAUGUACAUUUGAAGGAUAGUGUCAUGAAAGAAAUUGUUCGGUCUGUUGGAAAAAUCUACAGAAAUCUCAGUCGUUUUAUAUGGUUAAACACGUAUUUACGUGAUAUUUGUUUCUUAUAAACAUGUCCUGAGACGUUUGGUUUGUUUAUAUAGGUGAAUAAAAUAAUUUCGAGCCACCGGUCAAUCGAUAUUUGCAACUUCAAUAAGUUAUUAUUAACCUGCAAAUUCGAAGCAAUAUAUUCUUUAUGAAAAAUCUAGCAUUUCCGUAAAGGAGGCAAAUUCGAAUCACCUAGUGCCAUUAUUAAUUUUUUGAUUGUAAUUAAAAUUUUUGAAUUUUUGAACUUGCAAUGGUGAACUAAAAGCCAUUUAUGGGAACAUGUGUUAACUAUAUUUCCUCCAUUUCGGAUACCCAAUUGUAUUUUUUGAUUGUAUUCUUCUCAGAUUAAAGAAAAAAUAGACAUACCGAUUGAUUUUAAUAUUGUUUGUUCUUAAGAACCAAUUCCAGUGCGUUGUUAUUAGAACCUGUAGUGUCAAUGAGUUAUUUGGAGUUCGGUAUGGCCCUUCCUGUUGUUUUCAUGGGUUGAUUGUUGAUUUUAUGUUAACGUUAAAUUAAAGGUCAAAUUGGAAGGUGUGGCCUUAUUUGCGAGCGUCAAGGCAGUACUUUAUUGUAUAGUGCCAGGAACAAAUGUUUAAAUAAAUUAAGUCAAGAAAUUACCUUUGUAAGUUGAUAGUCGUUAUCGUAACCGGACGCGGGUGACUGCGGACAUGUGUGAGAAUAAAAUGUAAAUAGUUAAAUUAUAUUCCUUUAUUUUACACUUAGGUAUAUUAUUUCUACUAGAUCCUGAAAUUCUGGAGUGAAACGAAAAUUAUUUUAUGUUGACAAAUAUGUUCAAAGUAUUAACAUUGUGAAAAUAGAGACUGUGUACCGUGAUAGUACUUAAUUUAUAUUGUUGAGGUCUCUCGAGUAACGCUAGCUCGUCCUGUUUUCGCUUGUAUAUCAGAUUCGCUCCAAUAUGGAAACUGUGAACUUUUAUUGUUUAAAAAAUCUAAUUUGUUGGAAAAUUUCUGGUUCCGAUGAGAUGUACAUAUAUGUCGGUGUCCGAUUGUGCAGUUUCUAGGCAUAUCAAAAACUGAAAAUCAUUGUCUCAUGCGAGUUGACGAAGCCCCGCUGCGCGGGUCCUCAUCUAAGCAAUUUACCAUUCGGCCAUCUGUAGCAAGCUAACGAACAGACCUUGAUUGUUGGAUUGAUCUGAUUAUCGUCAAAAGAUUACAAAGGAACUUCACAAUCGGCCACUGACAUAGCUAUUGAGACAUUUCAAGUUGCGAUGUAUAUUUGGAAUGUCCAAUAGUCCACAUAGAUGGAACAUAUUGGACUAUAGACAGAGUAACAGUAAGCAAUUCCAGAGACUAACUAUUUGUAAGUCAUGUGUGUACUCGUGGGCGAUAUUGUUUUGAAUAUCGUACAUGUACAAAACAAUAUAGUUUAACUUUUACACGA